AUGGAUUUUAUGGCUCUGGCGGUCGAGCAGGCCAAACAGGCUUUGGCAGACAACGAAGUGCCGGUUGGGGCUGUUUUUGUUCAUAAUAAUAAGGUUAUAGGCCGGGGUCGAAAUGAUACAAAUCGGAGCCUGAACGGUACACGGCAUGCGGAGUUCAUGGGGAUUGACGAGAUCCUGCAGUCGCACCCUCCAGAGAUUUUGAAAGAAACUACAUUGUAUGUGACAGUAGAGCCAUGUAUAAUGUGUGCAUCUGCUUUGAGGCAACUAGAAAUCAAAGUUGUUUAUUUCGGUGCCGCGAAUGAUCGUUUUGGUGGCUGCGGAUCAGUACUUUCAGCUAAUAAAGAUCCGGGACCCUUCAGGCCUUAUCCUGCUUAUCCUGGUUUUUACAGAGAAGAAGCAAUCAUGCUGUUGCGAAAUUUUUACGUUCAGGAGAACCCCAAGGCGCCGGUGCCCAAAGUAAAGAAGCAGCGAGUGCUAAAAGACAAUAUCGCGGAACUCGACUACACCAAGUAUGUUACCAAAGACGAGUUUGUAAGAAUAUACGGGCAAGACAAACUUGAUCUGUUCAAGAGUAUUUAA